AUGACAUUGCCAGUCUACACGGCGGAUAUACAGGACGCUGGAGGCAAAGAUGCUUGGAUCUUGAAAUUCCAAGCACAGAUUUUGAAAUUUGAACCACAUGCAGAGCUCUUUGAUGCCGAUAUGGUCUUCUCAGUGAAGUUGCAGAGCCAACGCUUCAUUGUCUACAGUGCCGAAUGUCAGUCUCGUCGGAGAAAAGCACCGCGUACCUUUGAGCUGACGAGAUAUUGUGUAGAUGACGAGGACGUCCAGCCGAAUGUCAGCAUGAAAGAUAGCACUAACAGCGAACAGACGUUCAGACAGAUCCAGAAAUGGACGGAUACAUGCAGGAACACACACCCAAAAUGUCGAGCACUUUUCCGGGAGCGUAAGGAUACAGAUUGGGUUCCCACCCGGCUGAUCGAAGUGAGCCCCCCUGAUUCGCUACAUCCAAGGGUUGUCGAGACGAACAACAAAGUCGCUAGGAAGUUCACACAAUACAUCACACUCAGGUAAUGUCAAAAUUACGCUUAGCUGCCGUGACAGAUCACGUUCUGACCAUUACCAGUUACAAGUGGGGCUAUACGCCUGAAUACCUUCUCAAAAGUUCGAACAAACAGGAAUUCAUGAAGGGCAUGGUGUUGGACAAGAUGCCGCAGACCUUCCGAGACGCCAUCAUUGCUACACGGGCUCUGGGCGUGGAGUAUGUCUGGAUUGACGGUCUCUGCAUGCUGCAGACGGAUCCCGAAGAAUUUCUUCGAGAAGCGCCCUUGAUGCAAGAAGUGUACGGCAAUUCCUAUCUCAGCUUAGCUGCAGUGAGCGCCAACAACAACCAGCAGGGCCUCUUCCGGAAGCGGAUGCCUAGAGGUGCACCUCCUUCCGUCACAAGCGUGAAUUGGUCUCGCCGACCAACCGAAUGUAUAGUGGUACGUGAGGACCUAUGGAAAGGUGAAAUUCUGGCCGAGCCCUUAUACGCCCGAGGAUGGGUAAUGCAGGAGCGCAUGCUGGCACCACGCAUUGUCCAUUUCCAACGCAGGCAAGUGUUUUGGCAGUGUCCCAGCCUAACGGCUUGUGAAGCCAUGCCUAGAGGUCUGUCAACCGUUGUCGAAGAUGAGCGCAAAGACGAACUGCGGUGGCGACAGCUUCUGCAUCGAUUGGAGGGCUCCUGUCUAUCGAAAGACGACCAAGCAGAUCUGAACGAAGUCUGGCGGGUUGCUGUUGAGAGCUAUACGAACUGCAAUCUGACAAAAAAUCAGGACAAGCUCAUGGCUGUUGCUGGUAUCGCCAAGAAGUUUCUUUCUGUUCUUAAGGAUCCAGCGACAGGCAAGCAGGAACAGUAUUAUGCUGGCCUUUGGGGGUUCCAGUUUGCCGAGCAAUUGGCUUGGCGGGUUGUGGAGUGGCUUCCACUGGCACCAAAAGAUGAAGCGACCUACCGGGCGCCGUCAUGGUCUUGGGCAUCCGCGGAUGGCAUCAUCCGCACGCCACGCCGCAUCUUUCAGCGGCGGGACUACUGCAUGAAGAUUGGGGAAGGCGGAGUGAACGUUCAUCUAGCUGAUGCGAGGAACCCUACAGGGGUCGUCUACUUCGCAUCUUUGACAGCAGAGGUGGAGCUGUUCCGUCACUUGAAGUUCUCCGCCACUGACCAAAGCAGCCUAGAAUGGCAGUGGAUAGGCGUCGACGGAGCGCCCUUCCGCCUACUUCUGGACCGGCCGCUUGACAAGUUUCCACCUGAUCCUAACGAGGAUGUCAAAAUCGGCCCCGUUGCCAAUGGGUCCGGAUAUCACUUGGAAUGUUCAGCUGCCAUGAUUGCUUACCAACGGGACCUCGAUGGGACAUCUGAUUACUCUGGCUUUGCUCUAGCUCUGUCGAAGGCGAGAGCUGGCAAGACUAGGCUAUUUGGCCGUCUGGGGCUCAUCGAAUUCCGUGGUCUAUCUGGCGAUGACUGGAAAGGGCUUGAGCAAUUUAAGGAAACGGAGAAACGUGAAGAAGGCGAAGUCGCGCCAUCUGACAAUCGUGCUGGCGACAAACACCUCAUUACCCUACUGUAA